AUGGAGAAGUGCCUACUUGAUAUGGCCCCUUCCUCUUACCUCCUUAACGACAUUGAUAUUUGGGUGCACAUAAGAGGACUCCUAGUAGAGAACCUUACUCUGGCGGUGGGAAUGGAACUUGGAAAAGCUAUUGGCAGGACUUAUGAACCACAACAAGGGGAAGAAAAGAAAUGGAGAAUUCAAGUGGUUGAGAGCUCUUCUCAUAAUCAUCACCACCACCGCCACCGUUAUCACAUAAAGCUUAAUUCUUCCAAGCUUUUUGUUUUUGGAGACUCUUAUGUUGACACUGGGAAUAACCCGGUAUCGGAAUCUAGAUCGUGGCAUAAACCGUAUGGAUUAACUUUUCCCGGUAAACCAGCCGGUCGUUGGUCAGAUGGUCGGGUCUUCACCGAUUACUUUGCUUCAGUUAUUGGAAUCAAGUCUCCAAUACCUUACAAGUGGAUAAAAGUGAAGCCAGAAUUGAUAAAAUAUGGAAUAAAUUUUGCUUAUGGAGGAACUGGAGUUUUCGACACCCUGAGCACUGAUCCAAACAUGACCAUACAAAUCAAUUUCCUUCAAAAUUUCAUCCAGGAGGGUGUCUAUUCCAACCUAGACCUCAACUCAUCCAUUGCUUUGGUCUCAGCUGCUGGCAAUGACUACAGUGCCUACCUUUCCAGAAAUGGAACCUUAGAGGGUUUGCCAGCUCUCAUUAUAUCGGUAGUUAAUCAACUGGCCUCCAACCUGAAACGAAUUCAUAGCCUUGGGGUGAAGAAUGUAGUAGUCAAUGGUCUCCAGCCAAUCGGGUGUGCUCCUUACAUUACAGCUUCAUCUUCAAGCCGGCAGAAGUGCAAUGAAACUGUAAACAUAUUGGUGAAACUCCACAACCUCUUGCUGAACCAGGCCGUGAAUAAAUUAAACAGUGAGACCAAUGGCUCUACAUACAAAAUUAUUAAUCUCUACAGUGCAUUCACGACUGUUUUGAACAAUACAGGAAACCAGACGUUUACUAAUCCAUUGCAGCAAUGUUGCAAGGGUAAAAAUUCCACAUACACAUGCGGAAACACAGAGAAUGGUGUGGAGAUGUACACAGUAUGCGAGAACAGGGAAGCAGCUUUCUUUUGGGAUGAUGUGCAUCCUACACAGCAGGGUUGGAGUGCUGUUUUUUCAGCUUUGCAAGCUUCUUUACACCAACUCUAUUCCAGUCUCAUGCAUUGAUUAGUCAUCCCUACAAGCAACCCUUUUGUUUUAUCUUAAUAAAAUAUUUGUGUUUCUGUAUUUGAUCUGACCUUUGUUGGGUAGAAUAAGUUGGGGUCAGGUGGUGUUCGAUAAAAUUCCUGAAUAUCAUAGUAGAUGAUUUAAUGUGGAGAGCCACUCCACAU